GGUUAGCAAUCAAUUCUGACAACCACUAGGUGGGAGUGGUGAGAAGCUUUCCUGCCCAGCAUCUCCGCCCCCAUGUUUGCCCUGCUAUCCCCUACCUAGGUAGGUACUUUCCGCCCACUCCAAUCCCCACCACCCUCGGACGCCCCCGCCCCCUUCUAUCACUCCCGCCGCGACCAUCCUUCCACAGUAGUGCAACGGCACUGGCAAACCACACAUACUACAGUGGUCGACUAAAAUUAACCCGGCAAACCACACCCUCCUUGCAAGAUAACAGUCUGUACCUACUGCCAUUUGUACACUGGCUAGUUACCUACAACUUAGCCACAGACGUUGUACUAGUAGUCGAAAGACUGGGCUUGCAUUUGCAUACCACACUCUGACACCGGUGCACAGGGAUAGAGUGAAAGCCCAACUGGAUGAGUGCGCCCCGGCGCUUGGUGAUCCAAUGACAACUAAACAGUCAUGCUCGUCGGGCUGAAUGAGACGGGCGGCCUAGUAGUAUGUUGCAUACUCGUCAGGCAGACACAGGAUCAUGCAUAAGGUCAUGGCCAUGGACCAUCCGUUUCAGCCUCAGCCUCAGCCUCAGCAAUGUCUGCCUUUUCUCCUUUUGCUGCAUUGUCCACACCUCAACAAGUUGUAGAACCCCAUCGCCGUCGCCAUCGGUGGUAGAGAGGGUUUCCAGUUGUCCUUCCAUAACAUAACAUAACCAUAAUUCUGAUACUGUACGCUGAGCCGCGAGAAAUCAUACAUCCGGCCAUUGAUCCAAAGAAGACCACACCAAUUGGCACCAUCUCCGCGCCUCGACUCACAACGACGAGAUAAUAACAAUGGGGGAGUCGCAUGCAUUGGAUCUAUUUCCAACCUUCGCAGAGACCCGCGAUCGCCUCAAAGAGUCAUUCUGUCAAUGUAUUUGGUAUCUGCCUGAUAAGGGAAGACACUGCAAAGUCGAAAUAGCGAAGAAAGACAAGAAGGAAAGCCUCCGGCUUGCCUCAGAGCUCAUCCAAGUGGACCGCCUUUCGAGCCAGGAGUCGCUACAGAAUAAGCUGGCCAAGAUAGCCGAACUCAGCUGCUGUUCUCAAUAUCAUCGCAACAUAUUCUGGGGCAGAGGUCUGGUUGAUAUGCUGGCGGAGCGGUGGCGGAAGGAGAUUAUCGACUCUUUGCCUCCCAGUAUCACCACAGCCUUUGUGCCAGUAGUAGCUGAGCCGGAGGAAAUAAAACAUCCUUUAAAUGGCGGGGUAACCGGACUUGUCCUCGACCAAGUGCUCGAAAACAACACGCAAAGCCAAUAUCCAUUGCGACCGGUGGUCUUUGCGAAACAUGCCGUCCUUGAAGGGCAAACGUUGAUGUCAACCCUAUUAUCGAACAUUGAUCCUUCCGCGCCCAAGGAAGGGUCGGUCUAUAUCUUUACCUACACGGAUGAAGCCUUCGAGGGAAUGCUUAAGAUUGGCUUUACCAGCAGACUCGUUGUCGAUCGUUUGGAUGAAUGGGCAGAGUGUGGCCAUGGGAAGCCAUCCCCUCCGGAAACCUUUUCUGGAGUCAGGCACCCGAAACGGGUUGAGUGUCUAACCCAUUUCGAGCUGAUAAAGUAUUGGUAUGCGUGGAGAUGGUGCAAUGAACACAAACAAGCUCAUAUCGAAUGGUUUAAGGUCGACCUCAGCACCGCGACCCGGGUCGCCCAAAACUGGGCGUCGUGGAUGGAGCGUGCUAAUCCUUACGAUAGACGUGGUGGUCUCCUAGCUUCCUGGCGCGGGAAUAUUGAGUUUCUGAAAAAGUUUGAGAUCGACAUUACAGCCGAGCUGAUGAUGGAGAUUCAGCAGGUAGAGGAAGGAUUAAUCGAUGUGACAAGUUUCAUCGACGAUGACGAGCUGCGCAGGCUCCACAAACCCAUGGUGAAACAAAACAUUCCCAUCAGGUCCAGGGCUCGAAGGCGAUGCGUCAGCUCCACGCCAUUGAACAGUUCAGGAAACCAACUCGAACGAUAGAAAACAAUAGGCGCAGUUCUCAGCCGACGCGUGGAAAGGAAUCGGCUUCAGUAUUGGCUCGUACUGUGCUGCCAAGGUACCUAGGUACCUAGAUAGUCUCGGCCCCAAGGGUCUUUCAUGGCUCAGGAGAUCAGAAAGCGACGAUGGCAGCUUCAUUGUUUUCCCGUCGCACCGAGUACUGUAAUGACAUCCAUUUGCAUAUCACUUAUGAUGCAAGGCUGUGCCAUGGACGAUGCUGCUUACCAGAAGUAUCAACUGGUUAACUCUCCUUGUC